UGUGACCGAAUGAAAGGUUCGAUCCAGCUCUAUGGUGAUUUAUAAUAAUGAUUAAUCGUAUAUCGUGAAAUCAUCAAAUUUCAGGCAAAUAAAACCAUAAUAUGCAUUGAUACUGUGAUACAUUUACAUUAAUUGCAAGCGACUAUUGUCAUGUUGCGCGAUGCUUGUGGAAAGUAACGGUAUACUUCUGAAGCUUUCACAUCGUACGCCAUCGAAUUUCUGAUUCUGGAUUCUGGAUCCACAGUUUUACAGGAGAGGCUCGUCGCUACAUACAAAGACGAGUUACUGUACUUAGUUCACAUUAUGGGGUUCGAUGUGAACCGCUUUCAGGGCGAAGUUGACGAGGAACUUGUUUGUCCGAUAUGCUCUGGUGUUCUGGAGGAUCCUGUCCAGUACGACCAUCUGAUGAUUGUUUUCACACACCGUAUUAUUUACAACGAUCGAGUUAAUGGAAAGUAUUCCUUAAAGUUUGAUAUUUUAUAAUAUCAGUCAUUUGUAUUUUUUGUAAUUUUCGUUCUGUCAAAGUGUUUAUAACUGUUAUCAGUUUCGGAUCGUUUCCGUUUUUCUUUUAACGAAUAAGAUUAACAUAUAUAAUGAUAUUUUGUAAAUUUUUGUAAGUGUUUAGUACAUUAUUUAGUAUUCAUUAUAUAUUUUUAUAUAUAGUACUAAGUCUUACGAAGUGUGUAGUUUGGCUUAAAGACUGGUAGGUGAGCAAUAUGUUGCAGGCACCUGUAUGUGAACAUGCCUUUUGUCGUACAUGCAUUAAUGAAUGGAUAAAUAGACAGCCCACCUGUCCAUUGGAUCGUACACCAAUUACAUCUGCUCAGCUUAGAGCAGUUCCAAGAAUUCUUCGGAAUCUGUUGGCCCGCCUUUGUAUUAGUUGUGAUAACAUUAUGUACGGAUGUCAAGUAAUAGUUAAGCUCGAUAGUUUAGUGUCACACUUGGAGCAAUGUGAAUAUAAUCCCAAGAGACCGAUGCUUUGUGAACAAGGAUGUAGUCUUAUUAUUCCUAAAAAUGAGCUAAAAGAUCAUAAUUGUGUGAGAGAACUCAGAAAUAUUAUACAUUCGCAACAACAAAAGCUUGCCGAUAUGAAACGUGAAUUAGGUGAACAACAACUUCAAAUAAAUGAACACAAGAGGGAAAUACAUCUUUUAAAAGACUUUAUGAGAGCAUUGAGAGUUUCAAAUCCAGCAAUGCGCGCUAUCGCUGACCAAAUGGAAAGAGACGAAGUUGUAAGAUGGUCUGCUACCCUUCCUAGAGCAAGAGUAACAAGAUGGGGAGGAAUGAUUUCCACCCCGGAUGAACUGUUGCAGACGAUGAUAAAGAGAACUUUAUCGGAAUAUAAUUGCCCGCCUCAUGUGAUCGACGAAUUAAUGGAAAAUUGUCACGAAAGGAAAUGGCCUCCAGGCUUAAACUCCCUUGAGACCAGACAGAAUUCCAGAAGGCAAUAUGACAAUUAUGUUUGUAAAAGAGUCCCUGGUAAACAAGCAGUGUUAGUUCUUUAUUGUGAUAAUACUCAUAUGCCGGAAGACAUGAUGGUUGAACCUGGACUAGUGAUGAUUUUUGCACAUGGCAUAGAAUAAAAUCUCAUACCAAUGUACUGUGCAUGCCCAGAUAAUUUGAUGUUCAUCUAUUCUGUUGUUUGUUAUAUUCACUGUGACUAACUUUCAAGGUGCAUGGAAUAUCUUCGUACUUAUGUGCAAAUAUUGGGAUAUUUGCAUAAUUCAUCUUGCAAUUACUGCAGGAUAUCUUUCAAAAUGUACUGAAAAGAACAAACGACAUGCCUUUUGUGAUAAACAAUUGUACAGACGCAAUUGCCACAUACAAAAAUCUAAUUGAAUGUCUGGAUCAUUACACUGUGAUAUAAUAUUUCAUUGAGAAUGUUCCUGAAAUUGCAUGAUAAAUAGUAAAUCAUUUUUAGUUAUUCUAAGUAAUCUCAUGUACAUUUCUAUAAAAUCGAUUCUUUGUUUAACAUCUGAUAAACCAACUAUUUGUCAACUAUUUCAGGGAAUUUUUUACAUAUAUAGAAGUCUUUAAGUGUUUUAUGAUAAUGCUUUAGACAAGUAAGAAACAAAAAGUAUAGAAAUUAUCGAUAUGGUAAUUGCUACUAUUAAGAUUUAAAUGUGUUCUAAAAGAUUAAUAUCAAAUGUCAGAAUGAAGAAUAAUUUCUUCUCUUCUCUCAACAUUAUUUAUAUGAUUUUAAUAAAACAUCUAAAAGUGCGUACGAUGAAAUAAACAUGCUAUACAACGAUCGCUUAAAUAAAUUAUUAUACUCUAAGCGAACACGGUCGUAUACAUAUAUCGUUUACAACUUACAAGAUAAGAAUGCUAUUUUCACAGAAUAAUUCACAGAUAAUAGUUUAAACUAACGGUAUACGAUACUUAACAGUUUCGAAUUUCCUCAGUAUUGUUCUCUUUUGAAAUUGAUUUUGUAAUAACCAGUGUAUGAAGAGCAUUCGAUCCCUUAGCUAUUUUUAAAUAAAUACAUAAUAAAAUUUUA